AGCCUAAUUAAGUAUUUCAUGAGCAGCUCGAUAGUCUCAAGGGGAAUUUAUUGAUACCCAUGGCUGUAAUCAAUACGAAUAAGCUGUGCAACUGUUGAAGUUGUCUUGCGUUGUGCUUCGUAGUGUGCUUGGUGUGGUCGUCGUCGUCGUGUGCCACUAGUGGCACACAGCGAGCAAGCGUGGGAAACAGCGACGAAACGCGAUAUUACCGAUAACGCCGACAUCCUUGGGCUUAACAGUCACGUUCUCGAGGGGAAUUGGCUGUAAUUCAACAUAAGCUGUAUUAAUCACAUAGAGUAGAGUUAUGGAAGCAGAAGUCAAAGUCAAAGUCAAGGUCGAUGUCGCUGUCGAAGGACACACCUUCCUUAUUCGGUAAGAGCAAAGUCGAAAUCAAGUUUGACAAGCUCAAAGCAAAACUCUGGAAUUUUGUCCAAUACUAUGGGGGACCGUAUUGGACAAAAACAUACGACUUUGAAAAUGUAUUACGGUUUUGGCUAAGAAUUCAACUUUACAUCAAUCACCGUGAAUCCCCGCUAGUAUACUCUGAGAUGAACCGGAGCAAUGUUGACCGUUCGGCAGAAUCCAUGUUUUCUGUGAAGACAGCCUCGAAUUCCACCUCUAUUCAAUUCGGAGAGGAGGUGUGGUAUGCAUCCUUGCGAGCGUCAUUGGAGUACUGGCAUGAAGCUGUUGUCUCGGAUGGGUCUGAAUUGAUAGAUCCUUUUAGUUAUCUCAGUGCAAACUUCCCAGCCGAACAUCGGAGUGCUCAACUGCUUGCCCAGCCUAUGUUUGGAUCAGCUUACACCGCAUAUGCUCGCUACCUUAUGGUACAGAGGGUUUGUGAUGCACUAGGCCUCGAUAUGGACAGCGCAACCAUGGCUACCUCUAUGGGUAUCACACGAAAAGAUGUAAUCCUUUGGACAGGUGCAGUCGAGGGAACGUUUGCGAAUCAUCGGAAAGUUAUCAGGAUGGCAGAAGAGUUGCGCCUCUGUCUUGUGAGAAUGCCUUCCCUUACUUCCAGGCAGGGUGCUCUGAGGCGUUCACUAGAUACCUUUGCCACUUCUCCAUCUACCCAUACAGCUAUGUACAUUGGUGAUAGAGCCCUGGAACUUCGAUGGACGCAUGCACAGCUAAACCUCGCAUUGAGCUUGGCUAAUUAA